AUGGGUUCUUUCUUAAAUGGAAAAAGCGUCAAGGAAUGGCAAGGAGCUUUUGAUCAACUAAAAGAAAUCCCUCAUGGAAAGGUUCAUGAAGUACUGAGGAUUGUUAUCGAUGGCUUAGAGGCCAACGAGAGGACGAUUUUUCUCGACAUCGCAUGUUUUCUUAAUGAAUAUGACAAAGAAGAGAUCAUCAAGUCCUUAAACCAAUGUGGUCUCCUCGCCAAUAGUGGGAUUGAAAUUCUAACUCAAAAGUCACUCGUAUACAUUGAUGAAAAUAACAAAAUAUGGAUGCAUGAUUUGCUUCAAGAAAUGGGUAGACAAAUUGUAACUCAAGAGUGCUCUGAGAAUCCCAGCAAGCGAAGCAGAAUAUGGCGUCAUGAGGAUGCUCUACAAGUGGUUAAGCAAAAUUCAGGAACAGAUGCCAUUGAAGCCAUUAAACUAGGCAAGGUUGAUGUAGAAGACUUGAUUCUGCAUGCAAACUCGUUCAAGAAGAUGAGGAAGCUCAGGCUACUUAUAAUAGCCGAUCAUGUCCCUCACUGUGGGCCGGCUGGACAUCUAUCAGAGAAGUUGCGGACGCGUUUCGCACGGAACGGCAGUAUUAUGUUCGCAUGUUGGGAGGCGCUGGUGAAGCGAAUUUCCAAGUUAUGGUUGUCGUGCAGCAACGAUAGUGAUGGAUCGAAGAAGCAACCGCAGUCAUCGUCGACAACGGGCGAAGCUCAGUGCAGCACAUACGUCGUUGGGCCUGACCGUCAUGAGGUGGAGCAGUGGGCCAUCGUGGGACAGACCAACGACGUCGACGGGCGCAAGCUAAGACAGGAACAACGCAAGCAGGCGGCGUCUUCGGUGGCUGAAUGA